CCUCUCUGGCCCCAGUACCUAGGCUCUGUUUUGGAAGACACCCAGGAACGGCUCAAGCCUCAGUCUGAACUCGGGAGUAGUGGCUGGAACCUGUGAGGAGUAAAAGUCCCUCGCAAUUUUCGACUGUUGGAAGAACUCGAAGAAAGCCAGAAAGGAGUAGGAGAUGGCACAGUUAGCUGGGGUCUAGAAGAUGACGAAGACAUGACACUUACAAGAUGGACAGGGAUGAUAAUUGGGCCUCCAAGAGACCACUAGAUGUCGCUGUUUACAAAGAAACAGUUAUUUGUGCAGCAUGCAAUGAGGAAAGGGCACAGGUGCCUCAGAAGGGAACCAUCGGAGGGUACCUUCAAGGGUGCCACCUGAUGGGGAGAUGUCACCACAGUGUGGUCUUCAGACACAAACAAUUUAUGAAAACCGAAUAUACAGCCUUAAAAUAGAAUGUGGACCUAAAUACCCAGAAGCACCCCCCUUUGUAAGAUUUGUAACAAAAAUUAAUAUGAAUGGAGUUAAUAGUUCUAAUGGAGCGGUGGACCCAAGAGCCAUAUCAGUGCUAGCGAAAUGGCAGAAUUCAUAUAGUAUCAAAGUUGUCCUGCAGGAGCUUCGGCGCCUAAUGAUGUCUAAAGAAAAUAUGAAACUCCCUCAGCCACCUGAAGGACAGUGUUACAGCAACUAAUCAACAAGGAAGCCACAGGCCCGCCCCUCCCCCACUCGAUUUAAGCAGUCUUCAUUUUCCACAGUAGUACAUUUUCUAGAUACGUCUUGUAGACCUCAAAGUACUGGAAAGGAAGCUCCCGCUCAAAGGCAGUUUAUCUUAAGAUACUGUAAAUGAUACUAAUUUUUUGUCCAUUUGAAAUAUAUAAGUUGUGCUAUAACAAAUCAUCCUGUCAAGUGUAACCACUGUCCACAUAGUUGAACUUCUGGGAUCAAGAAAGUAUAUUUAAAUUGAUUCCCAUCAUAACUGGUGGGGCACAUCUAACUCAACUGUGAAAAGACACAUCACACAGUCACCUUGCUGCUGAUUACAUGGCCUGGGGGCUCUGCCUUCUCCAUCUCCUCCCCCCUCCCCCUUCCUCCCUGCAACAGCCCUCCAGCUUGGGGUGGCUUGUUAGAGUAGGUGUGAAGGUUUCAGGUCACAGCCUGUGGGACUACUGCUGGGUGUGUGGGGGUGCUUCCUUUGCACCCCUGGUUUCUUUUUAAGUCUUAAAUGAUGCCCCUUCCCCUUCUGAGCCACCAUCCUUUCCCCACUCUACUACCACCCUUGGCGGAAGCAUAGAUUGUAACCCCCUCUGCUCCCCUCCGAAAUUGGCCUUUGGUGAGGAAUUCAGGGCUUUCCCCAUAACUUCCCCCACCACCUUUAUAUCGAGGGGUGCUGCUUCCUCCUUCCUCCUCUUCAGGUCCCUUUCUUGCACCACCACCACCCAACACUUUCCAUGACACUCCCCUGCUUUGGCCAGAAGCCAUCAGGUAAGGUUGGAAAGAGUCUCUGACCUCCCUCGUUUAGUUUUGGAACCACAUUCAUUUAUUCUCCAGCAGCCCAGGAAAUGAAAAUUGGGUCCGCAGCCCUGCCUCGCUCUGCUGUCAUCAUCAGCUGAUAGGUUUGUUUGUUAAGCUCAGGAAGGCCACAGAAGACACUUGUAAGCACAUAUGAUCCCUCUGAAUGAAUUUUGUUGUUGUUCCUAUCAUUGCUUUUGCUUUUACAAAUUGAAGUUUUAAACAGAGCUCUCAUUUGGUCAUCUUUGCAAUCCAUUUGGGUCUAGUUUGGAAUCUGACAACUGGAACAAAA